CGUCCUAGCAACGGGGCGGAAGGAACCUUCAUUUAACAACAAGCUACUUAUCUCCCACAACACAAAACAACAAUACGUUACCGCUUAUACAGUCUUAAAUUAUAAUAUUUAUGUUUGUUCACUAUAUACUUUUUAAAAACAAUCCAUAUUCUCAAGUUAUCGUGUGAAGCGGGAUGGCUAUCAACAACCCAUCGGUGUUUCUGUUGAUGAUAAACGGACAGAUAGAAGGGGCGAAUUUUCCAGAGUAUGAUGACCUGUACUGUAAAUACUGCUUCGUCUACGGACACGACUGGGCUCCCACCUCGGGUCUAGAGGAGGGUAUAUCUCAGAUUACGUCGAAAGGCAGAGACUCUCCUCAGAGAAUGAUCUGGAAUUUUCCUCUGGAGAUCACCUUUAAGAGCACCAACCCAUUAGGCUGGCCUCAGAUCGUGGUAAGCGUCUACGGUCCUGAUACGUUUGGUAACGAUGUGGUCAGAGGAUACGGAGCAACACACAUCCCCUUCACUCCUGGACAACACACCAGAACCAUCCCAAUGUUUGUUCCUGAAUCCACAUCAAGACUACAGAAAUUCUGUAACGGUGUCUAA